GGGACUCCCAGGCUGUGACGUGUGUUGCCAUGGUGACGCCCAGACGGCGUCUCGUGGUGGGAGGAGGGAGCGAAAGCAGGAAUGAAAACAAAUAUGGCGGAGAGGAGCAAGACGGCAGAGACGGGUAGCGACAUAGGGAUAGAUGAAAUAAUCACAGGAAACUUAAGCAAAUACACUGCUGUUCCACCGGGUUAUUAUGGACAACCAAGAAAAGGACAUCUUAUAUUUGAUGCCUGCUUUGAAAGUGGUAACCUUGGACGUGUGGAUCAUAUUACUGAAUUUGAAUUUGACCUGUUCAUCAGGCCAGACACAUGCAAUCCUCGUUUUCGAGUCUGGUUCAAUUUCACAGUUGAAAAUGUGAAAGAAUCUCAGCGGGUCAUUUUCAACAUUGUCAACUUUAGUAAAACAAAAAGCCUCUACCGGGAUGGAAUGGCCCCAAUGGUAAAAUCCACAAGCAGGCCUAAAUGGCAAAGGCUGCCACCCAAAAAUGUGUAUUACUACCGCUGCCCUGAUCACAGGAAGAACUACGUUAUGUCAUUUGCUUUCUGCUUUGACCGAGAGGAUGACGUGUAUCAGUUUGCUUACUGCUACCCAUACACUUAUACUCGGCUUCAGCAUUACCUUGAUAAUUUACAGAAGAGGAACAUGGAUUACUUCUUCAGAGAGCUUCUAGGACUCAGUGUGCAACAACGGCAACUUGACCUCUUGACUAUAACCAACCCUGUAAACCUUCGCCCUGGAGCAGAGGAGAAAGUGGUGUUUAUUACAGCUCGUGUCCAUCCAGGGGAAACACCAUCAUCUUUUGUGUGUCAAGGUAUAAUUGAUUUUCUUGUGAGUCCACAUCCAAUUGCCAAAGUCCUGCGAGAUCAUUUGGUUUUCAAGAUAGCACCUAUGCUUAAUCCAGAUGGAGUUUAUCUUGGCAAUUACAGGUGCUCUCUCAUGGGUUUUGAUUUAAAUCGGCACUGGGUUGAUCCAUCUCCUUGGGCUCAUCCCACUCUACAUGGAGUCAAGCAGCUAAUUGUUCAGAUGUACAACAAUCCGAAAAUUACCCUGGAAUUCUAUAUUGACAUCCAUGCUCACUCCACAAUGAUGAAUGGCUUUAUGUAUGGGAACAUUUUUGAAGACGAAGAAAGAUUUCAGAGACAGGCUAUUUUCCCCAAGCUACUCUGCCAGAAUGCUGAAGACUUCUCCUUUUCUAGCACCUCCUUCAAUAGAGAUGCUGUUAAGGCAGGGACUGGACGUCGGUUUCUUGGUGGGUUACUGGAUGACACCUCUUACUGCUACACACUGGAAGUCUCUUUCUACAGCUACAUAGUUGGAGGAACGACUUCUGCAGUCCCAUAUACAGAGGAAGCAUAUAUGAAACUCGGAAGAAAUGUGGCCAGGACUUUUUUGGAUUACUACAGACUGAACACCAUUUCAGAGAGACCUUUGGCACCAAUAACAACCACAUGGAGGGAAAAAGCAUCCUCCUAUAGAUGUGCCUAUCAUCGGGGUGCAGGGAAUAACCAAGCUGUCAGCAAGCCAGAGAAGAGAACCCAGGCAAGUCUUAAGGAACACACUCAUUCAUCAUAAAAUACUGAAGAGAGACGGCCUUCAGAGAAGCUGGGAUAACCAAGCUGGAUAAGCACUUUCAGAGUUUAAAAUUGAUUAUAUUCCUCUUCCCAGACAAGUAUUUUUAUGAGACAGAGGAAAAAAUGUUUUACUUACAAACAUUGCUGUUGAUUUUGUUAGUGCUCAAUUAAUCACAAGUCUUUCCCCUUCAAAAGCAAACCAAUGGAUCUAGAAAGCUAGUUCUUUUCUGCCACAUUAAACACGUUAGUUUAAAAAGCAAGGGAAAACCAGUCCUUGCCCUAUGACUUCUUGCAGCACUGAGAAAAGCAGGGGAAGCGCUCCAUGUUGUUGCAUGAUUUCUAUAUUUAUUGGUCAAAUAACCAAUAAAUAUAAAUAAUAAAUAAAUAAAUAACAAAGCACCAUUUGCAAGUGAUGUAUGUUUCCAUAAUUAAUUUGCAUGGAUUCAGGUCACGGUAGUGUUCCCAGGGACACUUUGAUAUGCCAUCUUUCAUAGUCAGGGAUAAUUUCCUGUGUUUAUUUUCCAAUGAUUCUUUUGUUACAUGGCUGCAUUAUAGCAUGUAUAUAAAUUAUAAUGAAUUAUAGCAUGUAUAAAUUAUAAUGAAUUAUAGCAUGUAUAUAAAAAUUAUUCAUACUUUAUUAUUAGACUUGAUGACAAAGCCAAGACCAGUUAGACAUAUUCAGCAUCACAAAGACACAUGCCUUUGGUUAGUUUCUUCCUGCUUCCUUAAGGCACUAAAAAGUAACACCACAACCAUUUUAAGUGAAGGAAAACUAUGGCCCUGUCUAUCUGGACAGUGGCCUUUUCAUAUUUACAGGCUGCUAACUAGACGUUUUGGUCCCAGUUCCACUGCAUUCACAUAGCUCUCUCAGAACAUUUGCAGUCACAUCAGUCGGCUAUUUGAUAGGACUACAUCCACUCCCUUUCCUAAACAACUAUUUGCACAGUGUUCAGUUUUCAGUAGUUGAGGGUUAUACAUGCACAGUUCAGGCAAAUGAAUUAUGGAAGGAACCAGUGUCCCCUGUAACAGAGAUUUCCAGAUAUUGUGGACUACAACUUCCAUAAGCCCCAGCCAAAGGUGAGGCCACUACAGCUGAGGAUGCUUGGAGUUGUAGUCAACAACAUCGGGGAAUCUCUGGUACAGGGAACACUGGAAGGAACCAUGUGAAGAGAGUUGGUUGUGCACUCUGCCUUAUCCAGUUAUGGAUGUGCACAGAAGCCUGUUUUCAAUUGGACUGGAGUAGUUGGGUAAAAAGAGAAGAAGCUGAAGACUAGGAAGGAAGCAAGAAAUACUAUGAUUCCAGGAAAUAAGCAAAUUGAUAAAGCCACUUGCAUAUUAUUUGAAAGUUGAGGAUUCAAUUGUAUGCAUUGUUAAGGAGGGGAAAGUCCAAUAAUACAUGCACUGAAUGCCAACACACUUAAGCAUCAUACUUCUGGCUCCUUGAGUCUAUAAGUAGAGUAAUUAUUAGCACUGACAGCUUGAUAAUUAAAGUGACAUAUUUGAGGUAUGGAUUAGAGAAGGCAAGUUGGCAUUAAACAAUAUGUCAUGUGAAUUGAACUACUAAUAGUUUAUGGCUAGUGUUGAGUUUUCUAAGGUUUCUGUUGAAGACUUCCAAAGUUAUUUUAUGGAGCAGAGUGGGGGUGGGUCCCAAUUUAACAGGUUGAUUGGAACAAAACACUUGUAAAAUUUGUUGUUGCUUUCUAAAUGAAUUCAUUUUAUGUUACAUAUGAGACCAGGCAAAACCUGGUGGUAUUUUCACAUUCAAUAAAGAGCUAAAUGCAACAGC